AUGACUCUGUCCUUGUUCCCCUCCUCCCUUCCACCCAACCAUCCACUGGAAGCUAAUCAUCAUGUUGGUGCGACCCCUACCGCCGGAACCACCCUCAGCUCUGCACCUGCUGCAGCAGAACCGCUGUACGGCGGAGGUGUGACCGCGCGAGGUGUGGCAGGCGGCGGUUUCACAGGCGGAGGCGGAGGUGUGACAGGCGGAAGUAUCACAGGCGGAGGCGGAGGUGUGACAGGUGGCGGUAUCACAGGCGGAGGUGUGACGUUCGAAGAUAAUUCCAGCGGCCUCCCCUCAGGCACGCAACAGCAGCUUGUCAGCGCGCUGUCCCUCCUCACAGGUUUUCUAUCCACCCAGGGGGGAAUCAGAGCAGGAGGAGAAGGAGGGAGGGGCACGGCUGCUGCUGCGGCUGGUCCGUCGAAUCCGGCUGCAGGGCACUUACUUAAGAUCCUGGAGGACGGGUCAAGAACCGGCGAGCUUCUAGCCAAUAAGAACCACGGCCGCCUCACCCACUACCUCUCCCAAGCCUCGGGGCUCCUCUCCAGCCUCGGCAGGCAGAGCGCCAGCGCCAACCCGGGCCUGCUUGCCAGCCUCGGUGGCGACCCUCGUGGUUUGUUGUCCAAUCAGGGUCGGACAAUUGGUUUUGGCAGUACACUGGGUGCGGAUCCUGCUGCUGCUGCGGCUGCGGCUGCUGCUGCUGCUGCUGCUGCUGCUGCUGCUGCUGCUCCUGCUACGACUGCGGCUGUUGCCACGCUUGCUGCUGCUUCUGCGUCGCCUGCUCCCAGCUCACAGGAAAGUUCGGGCAAGGGGGGUCCCAUGUCAAAGCUGCUAGACGUGGCGGCAGCAGCAGCAGCUGCAGCAGUGGUCAUGGCAGCAGCGGCUGUCAGAGAGGAAACGGUAUCCGUUGAACUCCCCGCAGUAUCUGCCGCCUCUGCUCCAGCUGCCACCUCUGCUCCAGCUGCCACCUCUGCUCCAGCUGCCGCGUCUGCUCCUGCCGCUACUUCUGCCCGUGCCACACCUACUGCUGGUGCAGCCUCCGAUCACGUUUCUGGUGCCACUGCCAUUUCCGGGGGCAUUGGUGAUUCUGGUGCUGCGACGCUAAGGUCUACGUCUUCCCCCGCGCCAGCUGUCACUCCAACCGUGGUGAACCUUCCAGGUGCAGCAGCAGCAGCCCUUGUGCCUCCAUCCGCUCCUCUUCCUCCUCCUCUUCCUCUUCCUCCUGACGUUGCUCCUAUGCCAUAUCGACCAGCCGCUGCGCCUUUACCAGCUGGUGCCUUUGCACCCACUGCAACUCCUCCGCUUGCUGCCUCUACUCCUAAUCCAGCUCCCAGCGCUUUCCCUUUCGAAGCGCUCGCCCAGUCUCUCACUCUUGGGGGGCUUCAAUCCCAGCCCAGCCUCUCCUCUCUCCCCGCCCUCCUGGCUGCUAUCUCCGCCCUCCAGCAAAGAAAGAGCCUGCAGCAAGCCGCAGCACCUGCAUCAGAGCAUCAGGGCGCGAGCAGCGGAUCAGCCUCCUUCCCGUCGCCCCACUCCCCCUCCACCCUCGCUGCUGCCGCUACCACUGCUGCCGCUGCUGGUUCUGGUGCUGGUUCUGCUGAUGCUGCGAUUGCUGGGAGUGCAGCAGGGGAAAUGAGAGGGGAGGGAGGUGGAGGGGGAGGAACAGGGGGUGUGGGAGCAGAGGGAGGAGCAGUGGGAGCAGAGGGAGGAGCUGUGGCAGCAAGAGGGGGAGUUGUGGAGGGCUUAUUGGCUGGAAACUGGUCUACCAGUCGACUAGACGCACUGGCCCCUGCUGCUCUUAAUAUCCGAACCGAGCCACUCACCCCUCUCUCCCGUGCCGGCAGCUCCCUGACCUCACGCAUAGCCGGGUUCGAGACGCCGCAGACCGUUGGAUCGUCGUCCUCGCGGCUGCGACGGCUGGGAUCGGCGGAGGGGUCGCGCCAGCUGGGGGAUGCCCUGGGGGGAGGUGGGACUGGGAGAGGGGGAGGGGGUAGUGGGGGAGGGACAGGGGGGAGUGGGGGAGGCACAGGGGGGAGUGGGGGAAGUGGGACUGGAGCAGUGGGGAGUGGAAGAAGUGGGGCCGGGGCAGGAGGUGGGAGCGGGGGAGGGGCGGGGGGGAGUGGAGGAGGUGCAGGGGCAGGGAGAAGCGGGGGAGGGACAGGGGGGAGUGGGGGAGGGGCAGUGGGAAGUGGUGGAGGGGUAGUGGGAAGUGGAGGAGGGAUAGGGGGAAGUGGGGUAGCGGCAGGGGGGAGUGGGGGAGCGGCAGGAGGAAGUGGGGGAGCGGCAGGGAGAAGUGGGGGUGGGGCAUGCGGAAGUGGGGAUGGGGCAGGGGCGAGUGGGGCAGGAGCGAGGGGGUUGGAAGUGCUGGAGAGCCUGAGGGUGCGGCUGCGGCCGCAGCUGUCUGGGCUGCUACAGGAGCAGCAGGAGGCUGUGCUGCGACUGAAGCAGCAUCACGCACUGCAGCAGCAGCAGUCACAAACUGCUGCUGCUGCUACUGCUACUGCUACUGCUUCGCCAACUGCCCACCCGCACUCACCUUCUGCUGCUUCUGCUGCUGCUGCUGGUGCGAAUUCAGCGGCACCAGUCGUCCCCCCAUUCUCUCCUGCCCUCAACAGCCCACCGUCUCAGCCACUCAGCCGGCUGCAGAGAGCAGGACCAAGCAUAGACCGUCUGAACCUACAAGGCCCCUCUGCUCUGCCUCCUCCUCCUCCUCCUCCUCCUCCCCCUCUGUCUUCUCCUGGAGAUGCCCGCAUGCGGGGGGGGUUGCAGCGGUCAGGGCCAAGUAUAGACCGCCUCAACUUUCAGGGCGCUGCUUCUUCUGCCUCUGCCAUCCCUCCGCCCCCUCCUGCCUUUCCGCAGGGAGACCAUCGUCCCGGGGGGGUAGAAAGUGGGGGGUUGCAAAGGCCGGGAUUGCAAAGGGCAGGGCCCAGCAUAGACCGUUUGAAUCUGGAGGCAGCUGGGAUGGCUUCCCGUGCUGCCGCACUGCAGAGAGCAGGGCCGAGCAUUGGCUCUUUGAGUUUUCAAGGGGAAAUACCCCUCUACAGGGGAGGCUCCGUUACUGGAGAUAUCUCUCUACAGAGGGAGAGGGGAGGUUUGGCUUCAGGGGAGGCUGCGCUUUACAGAAGGGGUUCGCUUACAGGAGAAGUCCCGCUCCAGAGACUAGGCAGUGUGAGUGGCCCUUGGGAGCAGGGAGGAGGGGAGAGAGAGGUAAGGGAAGGCAGGAUAGUAGAAGGGCUAGAGACUGGAUUGGGGAGGGGAGAAGGGGGGGGCUCUGAGGGAGUGGGGAGUGGGGUAAAGCGGGCAUACGGCAGCAUGCAGGUCGAUGGGGAAGGUGGAGAGAGAGAGUGGAAGAGGGCCAAGGGCUUGAUACGCAGCAAUGGCACUGGCAACAUGGCUGAUACUGCUGGUCCAGAAUGUGAUGCUGCUGCUGCUGCUGCUGGUGCUGCUGCUGCUGUCGGCGGCAGUGUCCCGUUCUAUGGUGGUACUGUUGCUGCUCCUGGUGGGUUCUUCAGUGGGAGACGAGUAGACGACACGCCAACCUCCCCUCCGCGGCCGCUCUUCUCCUUCCCCUCCGUCUCCCUCUCUCUUGACGACAUCCCUUCAGCCGUCCCUGCCACUGCUGCCACCGGAGCUAUCGAUAAAGCCGAAGCUGGCCUCCGCCCCGCCGGACACAGGCCGUCAGGCUUGGGAAACUCAGGCUCGGCAGGUGCAGGAACGGGGGACUUUGGCUUGGGAAGUCCAGGUCCGGAGAGUGGAAAUCUGGAACAGAGGGCGAGCAUGGGGUGUGAAGCUAACAGCAUGGGAAUUUUCAAGGGUGGAGGAGUGGGAACGGGGACUGGCAUGGACAUGGGGGUCGGUGAGCGAGGGGAUAAGGGGGGUGAGGGCGUGAGUGUUGGCGGGCUGCUCCCAUCGAGUGGCUUUACUGGCAGUGGAUUGGGCGGCAGCAGGCUGGCCGGCAGCAGGAUGGGCAGCGGUGGGCUGGCCGGCAGUGGGUUGGCCGGCGGUGGGCUCGGGGGGAGUGGGCUGGGCGGCGGGGGCCUGGGCGGCGGCGGUGGCGGGCUGGGCGGCGGGUCGCGGUUGGCUCGUAGCUUUGUGUGGAGCAAGGAUCAGCUGAAGGAGAUCGAGCAGAUGAAAGAAGCCAUGGCUGACAUGGAGCAGGAGGGGGAGCCGGGAGGUGCGGCAUGGGACGCACAGGUUGGGGACGCACGAGCAGGGGAGGUGCGAGUAGGGGAGGCGCGAGCAGGGGAGGUGCGAAUAGGGGAGGCGCGAGCAGGGGAGGUGCGAAUAGGGGAGGCGCGAGCAGGGGAGGUGCGAAUAGGGGAGGCGCGAGCAGGGGAGGUGCGAAUAGGGGAGGCGCGAGCAGGGGAGGUGCGAAUAGGGGAGGCGCGAGCAGGGGACGCACGGUUAAGGUUAGGGGCAUGGUCAGGAGCAGGUGCGGGGGGAGGAGAGGGAGGGAGCAGCGGCGAAGGGGCCAGAGCAGCGGCAGCAGCGAGGGCCGGUGCUGAUGCCUCUGCUGGCGGGGCACUGGCUGGAGAAGGGAGUGGGAGGCGCUUGGAGAGAGGAAGAAGCGGAGUGGGGAAGAGUGAAGCAUGGGAGGGGUUUCAGAGAGGAGACAGCUUGGGGGAAAUGAGGGGAAACAGCUCUGGGCUGGACUUGUAUUCGUUGGAUGGGGUGGGCGAUGAGGGGCAGGCAGGGGGCGGCAGGGAUGAGGGAAGGUGGGGGAGCGAUGGUGGUGAUGAUGGUGAGGGGAUGGAGGGUGAGGGGAUGGAGGGUGAGGGCAUGGAGGAGGAUGAUAGACUGGAUGGGAAUGGUUUCAAUGGCCAGGGUUACAAUGGGCGGAUGGAAGGGAGUGAUCUGGGCGGGCGGAUGGAGGGGAAUGGGUUGGGCGGGGCAAUGGACGGGUGUGCGAGCCGCAAGCCAGGGCCGAAACGGAAGGAGGGGCCAGUGAGCCACUUCUGCCAGAACGCACGGAAGCGGAGGGAGCGGCUUACGCGGCACAUCCGGGCACUAGAGAAGCUGGUGCCGCAGAGAGCUCGCAGCGACGCAGCCUCUGUUCUCGAGUCCGCCAUCUCUUUCAUCAAACGGCUCUCCCGGGAGAACCAGGAUCUGCGCAGGGAAGUGGCAACGCUCCGCCCUUCAUCUGAAGCCCAUCCGGAACACCUCAUGCCAACCCCUUCCCAUGCUGCCACUGCUACUGCUACUGCGACUGUCCCGAACUUGCAGUACAGGUUUCAGCCUAUAAACCCUACAUUCAGAAUGCGGCACAAUAAGGAGGCCUUGCGUCCAAAGCCUGCCUCUCGAUACAAGGUGCAUGACUGA